GCCGCGUCUGAGACAGCAAGGUUGACUGAUUUCUGUAGCCUCAAAUCGUGUAGUCACUGUGGGAUUGCUAUCGGCAGUAAUUCAAAACAACGAUAAACUAGAUAAUUCAAAGGAUUGGGAGGACACAUUAACGUUUUCAGAAUGUCUAUUAUGUCUUAUAACGGAGGCGCCGUCAUGGCGAUGCGAGGGAAGCAGUGCGUGGCGGUGGCAGCGGACAGGAGAUUUGGUGUGCAAGCUCAGAUGGUCACCACAGACUUUCAGAAGAUCUUCCCUAUGGGAGACAGACUCUACAUCGGUCUGGCAGGUCUGGCCACUGAUGUACAGACAGUAUCCCAAAGGCUGAAGUUCAGACUGAACCUGUAUGAGCUGAAGGAGGGUCGUCAGAUCAAGCCCAAGACCUUCAUGUCCAUGGUCUCCAACCUGCUUUACGAGAAGAGGUUUGGCCCAUACUACAUCGAGCCUGUGAUUGCGGGUCUGGACCCAAAGACCUUUGAGCCAUUCAUCUGCUCCCUCGACCUGAUUGGCUGCCCCAUGGUGACGGAGGACUUUGUUGUGAGCGGCACAUGCUCAGAGCAGAUGUAUGGCAUGUGUGAGUCUCUAUGGGAACCAGAUAUGGAGCCUGAUGACCUGUUUGAGACCAUCUCCCAGGCCAUGCUGAAUGCUGUGGACCGAGACGCAGUGUCGGGCAUGGGAGUCGUAGUUCAUGUCAUUGAGAAAGACAAGAUCACAACACGCACCCUGAAAGCCAGAAUGGACUAGAACUCUCUCUGCUGCUUCAUCCACUGUUCUCUACCAACACAUUUUUUGUAUAAAUAACUGAAACUUGUACUGUUCCUUUUCUUAUUGAGACGAUUAUUCAAUAAAUGAGUACGUGUUACAAUA